AUGGCAAGCGUGCUAUCGCAAAUCGUCAGGCGCGCACCUCUUCUUUCCGGAGAACUCCGCUUCCGCCUCACUUCCAACAAUCUUCCCGAAAGUUUCAAUCAAGGCAAAGAUUGUCUUACCCCAGAAGGAGACGCUUGGAAGAUCCCCCUCUUUGUCCUGCAUCAUACUCCAUUUCAUCGGCAUGUGUAUCAACAACUUCGGGUCGAUGGGUUCGUCUCCGACGCACUAGAUUCACAGCUCAAGAGCAUUGCACAGACUUCGGUCCGUCCCCGGAGCAACAGCGUUAUUCUACAUUCGCUUCACCAAGUAUUUCCUAUUGAUUUUUCGGCAAUGAAAUUCAGUUUCUUCGUGGCGGGAGACUCAACUUUGCAAAAAGUUUUCAUUGAACGUCCCUUCCGACUGUGUGUCGAGGGAUACGGGAGGGCAUCUUGCUACACAGGUAAGGGGUUGGUCCGCUUUGAGCUGUCAACACUACCAGAGCAUGCAGGUACUAGAACGGUGGUGAUGCGUGUCGUGAAAUUAGUCGGAGAUUCUGGGCCUUACAUGGGGAAAGAUCGACCACAAGAAGGAGCCUUGGUAUUGCGACAUCAUCCUGCCGGCGGGAAACCCAAGUUGCUCUCUCUCAACGUUGAUCGGAAUACACCUGUAUAUGGGUCAAAGGGCUUUUCGCAUCCUGAUGGGCUGCCUUUGCUUAUCGCAAAUACUUUUGGCGACAAGCAGUCUAGCCCAUAG